CCAUUAGUCGAGUCAGGCAAAUAUCCAUUGUAUACUCCCCAUUUAUACACGCACCGCAAUAUUGGAUAUGUGCCAAACCCCAUUAUAUAUAGCGCGCCCUAAAAAUCAAAUGGCUUUAACCCUCUCCAUCUUUCUACUUCUAAUCCUCUUUCCCUGCAAGUAUAUUUCGGAAGGGAUUAAGCUUUUUGGCUAUGGCGGAAAAUUCGUCUAGAAGGUUAGAAGGCAAGGUCGCCAUCAUCACCGGCGGCGCGAGCGGGAUCGGCGCGAGCACGGCGAGCCUCUUCCACGAGCACGGCGCGUGGGUCGUGAUCGCCGACAUCCAGGACGAGCCGGGCCGGGCCCUGGCCGUGAAGCUGGGCCGGCGGGCCUCCUACGCCCACUGCGACGUCUCCGUCGAGGACGACGUGCGCGACCUUGUGGACGCCACCGUGGCCGAGCACGGCCGGCUCGACAUCAUGUACAACAACGCGGGGGUCCUCGACCGUCCCUUCGGGGGCAUCCUCGACACGUCCCUGGCUGACCUCGACCGCGUCCUCCGCGUCAACCUCUACGGGGCCUUCCACGGGGCGAAGCACGCAGCGCGGGCCAUGGUGCCACGGCGCCAGGGCUGCAUCCUGUUCACGGGGAGCAACUGCACGGCGAUCGCGGGGGUGGCCACGCACACGUACACCGCGUCGAAGCACGCGGUGGUGGGGCUGGCUCGGGGGCUGGCGGCGGAGCUCGGGGAGCACGGGAUAAGGGUGAACUGCGUGUCGCCAUACGCGGUCUCGAGGACCGGGAUGUCGGGGCUGGGGAAGAUGAGCGAGGCCGAGCUGGAGAAGCUGGACGAUGGAAUGAAGGUGUUGGGCAACCUGAAGGGCCGGGUACUGAAGCCGGAGAGCGUGGCGAGGGCGGCGCUGUACCUCGCCAGCGACGAGGCGGACUACGUGAGCGGGCUCAACAUGGUGGUGGAUGGUGGCUACAGCGUGGUCAACCCGUCUAUGAUGAUGGCUCUUGCCGCGAGCCGUUCCAAUGGGAAGAUUUGAACCUGUGACUUGCGAAUGCCCGGUCGCUGGGACGAGAUCGUGGCCGUUGUUUGUGGGCUAAAUAAGGUGGGGUCGUGUCAUUGUGCGCCCUUGGAUUUGUUCUGCUUUAGUUUUGGUCGGACUCGUGCUUUUUGUCCUCGUGUUCUUGUAAGUCCUAAGUAUGUUAAACUUCCUAGAUUGAAAUCCUAACCCUAUUUGAUACCUACACCACAAAA